UCCCACCUCAUUGCUGCCGAGCUGAGUUUUGUUGGAUUUCCUUACUUCUAGUCAACAACUUCGGAUUUGGGGAAAAUUUUGUCGGGGUGAGACGUCACCUCAAUGGGUAAAAACUAACCUAGAAUCAUAAUUAACAUAAAUAAGGUAUUGAGCAAUCACAGUUAGCGUUAUACCCUUCUUGUUCUCAUUAUACUAGUACCUCUAUAAACAUUCACCACUCACACAUACACAUAUAGAACCAACAUAAAUUCAACAAUAGUAUCAUACCCAUUCAAACAUCAUCAAUCGCCACAUACACACAUAUAAAAAUUGACUCACAACAAGCAUAUGCACAUACAAGCAUCCAUCAUCCACUCCGGCCUAGUCAUGCACCAUCAUCUUCUUUCCCACCUCCUCCCCGUUGCUUAGGCUCCCCCACCUCCGCCUACCUAAAGCAUCGGUGACUUCCUCCCAUAGCCCGAGCAAUCGGCACAUAGCCGAAUAUAUACACACAAAAUCCUUACUGGGAACUUAUCACAUCAUCAUAUUCUUCGGGUGCAUGACUAACUCUUUAACACACACAUGCAAAGGAACACACGGCCAUAUCACAUCAUAUCAAAUCCAUAACCAUUAUCCACAUCAUAUGCAUCACCAUUAUUAAUAACAUAAUUGUCAUCAGUACGGAGGCCUUCAUGCCUCUUUAUACUCAUCUCAUCAACAUUCUUAUCAUUAUGCACAUUGAGCUUCCCCUAUCACUUAAAUGCCCAUGCAUUAACAUAGAAAUCACACCACAACAUCAUCAUAUCAUAUUAUCAUUAACACAUACUUAAACACACAACCACACUUUACCAUAAUUCAAUUCGCUACUUCAUAUUUGAGCCGCUUCAUGACCCAAAUAUCAUGCUCGUAUUAAUUAAGUUACUGGGUUAGAAUUUGUUAGAAACGGAACAACAACAAGAACGAGGUUAUCGAAUCUGGAGCUGAGUCGCGGACUAGAUCGCUCUCUUCAACCCAUGAUCCAUGACCUACUCUCUUGAUCAUAAUUAUAGGCCCGAUUAGGUUUUCCCAAAAUCCUUCAUGACUCAUUGUCCAUCGUGGGAUCAAAAGCCCACUAUAUCACCCAUUCCAUUUGUUAACAAUUUAUGUACCCAGCUUUAGAUAUCCUCAACUCAAAAACACAUUGUUUUUUUAUUGAUGUUAUUAUUGGUAGUGAUUUUCAUGUAUUGGUAUUGUGGUAGUGAUAGUGUUUUAUGUUUUGGUAUUGAAUUUUUUUUACAAUGAUAUUGAUGUUUUUUCGAAGUGGUAAUAGUUGUCUAACGGAUUAGUAUUGAUUUGUUGUUUUUUUUACAGUGGUAUUAGUUCGGCUGAACGGAGACAAAAAAAAAAGAUGGAGAAAAAUAAGGAAGGGAGAUCUGGGUGGAAAUUGCGAAAGUGAGAGAAAGAGAGAGAAAAAUGUAAUUAAUAUAUAUUUAUGUAACUUCUUAAUAUGUAAUUUAUUAAAAAAAUAAUUAAUACAAUUUUUUUUAUAUCCAAUUUGCCUCUAAUAACCAUUAGAGGUGGCAAUUCUCAAUCGACAAUCCAAUCCACCAACCCAUUAAAAAUAUCCACCAAUCCAUUUAAUCCAAAUCCAAUUAGAUUGGUGGAUUAAUGGAUUGAUCCAUGAAUCCAAAUGGCAAAUUACGGUUUGGUACCUAUAAUUUUUAUAUUUUAUAUUUUGGUACCCAAAUUUAAAUUUUAUACAAAAAUAUCAUUGGAAAAUUACGUUUUGGUGUCUACAAUUUUUUAUUAUGACAUUUUAAUACCUAAACUUUUCACAUUUUACAUAUUUGUCCUUGGUUGAGAUGUCAUUUGGAUUCAUGGAUAAUCCACCAAUCCACUUGAUCCAAUUCAUGAAUCCACCAAUCCAUUUGAUCCAUGGAUCCACUAAUCCAAUUCACCAAUCUAGGGAUAAUCCAUUUGCCACCACUAUUAACCAUGGUGAGCUAAUAAUCGUGAAUAUAUGAUUACUGAAACUUAGAGCAUGCUUGUGAUAGCAUAAAAAUUGAUUGCAUGUAACAACUUACAAAGAGAAAAGAAAAACAGAGGAAGCAAAUCAUUACCCAUUUAAUCAAAUCUCCACCAGAUUACACCUCCCUCUGUCUCUCUCAGAAGAUUCCCUCCCCAGAAAAUCAAUUUUCCUUAAUUCUUUUGUUCAUACCAAUAUACCAUUUCCCUUUUUAAAAAACUAACUAAAUCAUUGUAAUAAAUCCAGAACAACUUUGAGUAUCAAUUCAUAUCAAUUCAGGUAUGCACCAACUGAAGCAUAAUAAUCAACUGAGUCCCAAAGCUCCCCACUCUUCUUCUUCCUCCACCGCCGCCGCCGCCAAGACCAUGCUGGAGCGGGUCCUCUCUUCCCGCCGCUACGGCCCCCACUCCUCCGACGACCCACCGCCCUCCUCUUCCUCUACUUCCCCGGAAGGCCACGCCAUUUCCUCCUUCGUCUCCGCCGACGAGUCCAAGACCAAGCCCCCCAACCUCUCUUCCUUGGCCUCCAAUUACAUCUCCAGGAUGUCCCACUCUUCCUUCCACUGCGUCAUCUUCGGCCUCCUCCUCUUUGUCCUCGCCCUCAUCGCUUCGCUCAUGUACCACUCUCGCUCCCUCGUCUGCAUCUCCCGCUUCGAUCCCAAGUCCCGGGUCGGUUUUUUCGGGAUCGACGGCCUUGAGUCCGACUUCGCCGCCCUCGGUGUCCCCUGGUGCAGAUCGAAACAUGGUAAGACAGUUGACUGGACAUCCAAGGAUUUGGUCAAGGCCUUGGAAGAGUUCAUACCAAUUUAUGAAACUCGGCCAAUCAAAAACAACAUGUACGGAAUGGGUUUCGAUCAUAGCUUUGGGCUAUGGUUUAUGGCACGGUGGCUUAAGCCGGAUCUUAUGGUCGAGAGUGGUGCUUUCAAGGGUCAUUCAACGUGGGUCCUUCGCCAAGCAAUGCCAGAAACUCGAAUCAUUUCGCUUUCUCCAAGGCACCCUGAGAAGUACCUGAAGAAGGGUCCGGCUUAUGUUGAUGAAAACUGCACCUACUUUGCUGGAAAAGAUUUUGUAGAUUUUGGAAGUGUUGAUUGGAAGAGUGUGAUGAGUCAAUAUGGAAUUACUGAUCUUUCACGGGUCCUUGUCUUUUUCGACGACCAUCAGAAUGAACUGAAAAGGAUAAAGCAGGCGCUGGAUGCUGGGUUUCAACAUCUGGUUUUUGAGGACAAUUAUGAUACUGGAACUGGUGAUCAUUAUUCGUUGAGGCAGAUAUGUGAUCAGUCCUACAUAAGAGGUGGUGGCCACAGUUGCUUCAGAGAUAGCGAUGAAGCCAGGAUUAGGUCAAAGAGGAAGAAAUUCUGGGAGAAGGCAGUAGAUAUAGAUGAACUCUGUGGACAGAACGAGGCAUGGUGGGGCGUCAGAGGAUGGAUGCGUGACAACUUCAACCACAGCAAUAAGCCUAUUUCCUACGAGGAACACUUCCAGAACAGCCGGUUUAUCGAGUCGAUACUCGACUUAUACUGGGAGCUCCCACCGGUAGCCGGUCCUUCUCUCACGCAUCAAACUCGUUAUGAUCCAGCUCGUGUUACCAAUCCCAUUGUUGAAGACGGGCGGUAUGGAUUGUUCCAGCGGCUGGGGUUGAGUAAGCUCGAUAAUUCUGUAUUUAACGGUUACACCCAGAUGGUGUACCUUCAAAUCUCCGAACAACCUUAGAGCAGUUUUUUUUUUUCUGGGAUGAUUUUUUCUGUUAAUUUUUGCAAUAGUUGAAAGACUCGAAAGUUGUCCAUACUAAUAUUCCCCUUUUUUCUCAUAUUAGCUGGUGGCCUGACUGAAGAGGAUAGUACAUAAGUGGUUUUGGUUUGCUCCAGUUUUUGUUUCUCAUAUCGGUUCAAAGUUCUGAACCACUCCACUUGUAUUCCGUGGAUUCCACUUGCACUUCGACUCGAUCAGGUUAUAGAUUGAUAAUUUGUGUCACUUUCAGACUCGUUGGCUUGGGCUUCAAGUCAAUUGAGUUACGGGUUAGUCAACUUGUGGGUUCAUUGGAUAACUGAUCAAUUGCAUACAAAUUUGAUCACAUGUUGCCGGUGGUUGAGUUUGGUUGGAGGAGGUCCUAUUGCACAGGCUGAGCAGAGCAUACUGGAUCACGAAUGCUGAUGAUGAAGUUAUAGUUCUAUUCAGUAUAUAAAUCAAUAAGGUCAAGUGUUGAUC